AUGACUAUUUCAUACAAAUUGUUGUGGAAGAGCUUUCCAAAUUUAGAGGAGCUGAAACUGCAGGGUCACAUUAAAAAGGCUUCUGGAGGGGAUGAUGUUCAUCUCCCAAUUAAAUUUAGUCUUGAAUGUAUUGCCAAUAUCACGAGCUUGGUACCACUCUUAGUUUCUUCGCCAAAUCUCACACAUCUCCACGUGGCAUAUUGUUUUCAGUUGACCACUUUGAUGACGUCAUCAGUUGCUCGAAGCUUGGUUCAUCUCACAAGUCUCUCAAUUAGCAACUGCAUUGAAAUAAAGGAAAUUAUAUGGAAGCAGGAAGGAGAGGAUGAUGACGAUGAGGAAGUCGUUUUCAGCAAGUUGCAGUAUUUGAGACUCGAGAAACUGUCAAGAUUGAAGAGAUUUUGCGGCUACAAUUUUACUUUCAGGUUUCCAUUAUUGGAUCAACUGAUCAUAACAGAAUGUCCAAAAUUCAAAGUAUUUUCUCCAGGACUCAUUGAUACACCAUCUCUUAAAAGCGUUCAAGUAUCACAACAUCAGAUUGGAGAACAUCAUGAAAUUUGGGACACCAAUCUUAACAAAACAAUCUACCAACAGAGAUUUGUGGCGUCAAGAGAGGCGGUGUUAGAUGAGGAUGAUGUUAGCACGAUAAGGAAUGACCAAUUUCCAGUGGACAGUUAUCCUCAAGUGAAAAUUCUUCGCAUAGAAGGAUUUGAUGAUGAAGGGGUAACAUUUCCGUAUACAUUGCUUGAAAGAUUUCCGCAGCUGAAUGAACUUCAUGUGGAGGAUAGUUCCUUUGAGGAGAUAUUCCCAUCACCCAUUGUUUAUCAGAUUCCACCAUUCAAGCAACUCCACCUUGUCAAUUUGGAUCGUCUCAAGAACAUAUGGGCUGAUGAUUCUGACUUGAAUAUUACAUUGGCACCAUCAAAUUCCACUUUAUUUCAUAAUUUGACAGUGUUGAAGGUGUUGCGAUGUCAUCAACUCGUCUAUUUAAUGACAAAUUCAGCUGCCAAAAGUUUGGUGAAUCUUGAAAUGUUGGAAAUAGAAGAUUGCAAAAAGAUGGAGGAAAUUGUAAAGAAUGAGAGUAAUGAAGAUAUAGAAGUGGAAUCACAUUCAGUGCGCUGA